CAUUUUCUGCAUAACGACACAAGCUUUGUGAACUGCACAAGCAACAGGGUUGGGUUGAUUCAUAAGCUAACACACUAUCCACUCAGAUUCACAGAAUGAAACAAGUUCUGAUCAGAACUUAACAGAAUGUUAUCUUAACAAAACAUUUUUCACGGUUUACUUUGAUACAAACGAUGAUGAUGUUAUUGCAACAAUCAAACUUCUGUGUCAUUCCUUCCUCUCAAUUUCCUUCACUUAAACAAAGAAACCCACUUCUUCACCAGCAAAAAUUCUCUUUCAAUUUUCCUAGAAAGGCUAAAGCUUCUACCUUUAGAAUUUCUUCUCUUGGUUCUGGUAUUUUCAAUGACAUUGCUCCAAUUGCUCAUAAUAAGGUUCUGAUUGCAGCUGUAGUUUCAAUGGCAAUUGGGCAACUUUCUAAGCCAUUUACUUCUGUGUUUCUAUAUGGCAAAGAGUUUGAUAUCAAGGCUCUUGUUCAAGCUGGAGGGUUUCCAUCGUCACACUCUUCUGCAACAGUGGCUUGUGCAACACUCCUUGGCCUUGAGAGAGGCCUCUCAGAUCCCAUUUUUGGUCUUGCAGUUGUCUAUGCUGGUCUAGUUAUGUAUGAUGCUCAGGGUGUAAGAAGAGAAGUAGGGAUUCAUGCAAGGACAAUGAACAAACUACUUCUCCAACUUCAUAUCAACUAUUUACAUUCCAAACAUGGAGAUUCUUUGAUCAACUCUCAACCUGGAUCAUCCAAUCCACCAAAAGUAAGUCAUGAGAAGUCCCUUGUGUCCCAAGAAACCACUGCUAAUGCAUUUGUAGCAGUUAAAUCAGAAGGCAAGAUAAGGCAAAGUGAUGAGGAGCUACUAUUAUCCUCUGAGUUAUUCUCAGAAGAUGCAAAAGAAAUCUCAAAGUUUGUUGCUGAUGGUUUUCUGCCACUAAAAGAAUCUGUUGGUCAUACUGAGGUUGAAGUGGUAGCUGGUGGUUUACUUGGAUUUUUGGUUGGAUUGGCUGUGUAUAAUUUUAAGUAAAGUCUUGAUUUUUUGAUGAAUUAUUUCAUAUUGUUAUAUCUUAUAUUGAAUAGGUUAUUAUAGAAAUGAAAAUCAAAGAGAGAGAAAGAGAAAUGUUAAGUCAGUAAUAACUAA